AUGGAACGGGAAGAGGAACUACAUGAAGCCUUCUUGAGCUCAAGCCAUGAUGAUGAAUCAUCACACGUAACAAAAUCCCGUCUGGAAGAGGUGCUAUCGGACACCACCAUAGCCUUCUCCAAGCGCAUCCUCUCAGCCACAUGGAUCGAAUUCGACCUCCUAUUUCUCCUUGCAGGACCUGCAAUCAUCGUUUAUGUCAUCAACAACCUCAUGUCCCUCCUGGGUAUGGGAAGUGCUGUUGAAACUUUAUGUGGACAAGCGUACAGAGCUAAUAAGCAUGAGAUGCUGGUCGUGUACAUGCAGAGAGCAAUUAUUGUUUUAGUUGUGACUGGGAUUCCAUUAACGGUGGCAUAUAUCUUCUGCGAGCCUAUUCUUCUGUUGUUGGGUGAACCUCCUGAGCUUGCUUCAGUUGCGGCGGUCUUUGUGUACGGUUUGAUCCCGCAGAUCUUCGGUUAUGCGGUGAACUUCCCAUACAGAAGUUUCUGCAGGCGCAGAGUGUGGUGGUGCCAAGCACUUACAUAUGAAACGGAUUUUAGAAUCCGUGUAGAAUGCUGGAAACGGAUUUUAGAAUCCAUUAACACACAAAAUCUAAGUAUGAAAUUCUGA